UUGCGAACAGCCCUCCCUGUCCCGAACAAAACGGAAGCAACAACCUGAGUUCCACCAGUCAGUCACGACUGCAGCAACAGGGUGAAAGGUGAUCCGAGGAGGAAAAUUAAAUUUCUCCCGGAAUUUAUAAAACUGUUAUGGACUCUUCGCUGUUGUGGUGUGGUGAGAUGGUAUGCCCGGUGGCCCAAGGGGAUCCUGUUCUAAACGGGGAUCCACGGGUUCUUCAGCAGCUAAUAAAAGUGGAAAGGAUGGACGGAAAACGCUUCAGGUUCAUCAACAGCCGGUGUUAUUUCAAAGAAGUCCAAGAUGAAGUUCAGCCACACAUGAGGAGGAUACUCACGAAAUGGAUGAUGGAGGUGUGUGAAGAGCAAGGAGCAGAUGACAUCGUUUUUCCCCUGGCUGCAUCGUAUGUGGACAGAUUCCUUUCAUGUGUCAGAAUCAAGAAAUCUCAGUUACAACUGUUGGGCGCUGUUUGCUUAUUGUUGGCGUCCAAGUUACGGCAAUGCAGGUCUUUAACAGUAGAUGCUCUUAUAUAUUACACAGACUAUUCAGUAACAACGAGGGACAUCACGACAUGGGAAUUAUUGGUGCUGAACAGCUUGAAAUGGGACAUGGCUUCAGUCACUGCCAGUGAUUUUGUUGAUCCACUACUGUCUAGGUUAGAUGUCGAGAGAGAAGAUCUGGUCAGGAGGCAUUCCCAUACUUUCAUCGCACUUUGUGCAACAGAGUACAAAUUUACAUCAUAUUCUGCAUCACUACUUGCCACAGCAUGUAUUGCAGUUGCUAUAAAUGGCAUCACUUGGCUACAGAAACCUUGGGGCUCACUACUUGGAUUACAAGAGCACUUAACACAACUAACAGAUAUAAAUCUUAAAUACCUUCAGAUAUGCAUGUCUGAUGUCGAAGAUCUGAUUGCUUUAAACAUUGCGCAAUUGCAUCAGGUAAUGACUACAGCAUCAACAACAACUUCACUCAGUAAUAAACUGAGUUGCUCACUUACUGUAAAUGGUUGCCAAAUCCAACCAGAAGCUCCACCAGAUAUGCAAGAUGUAAAAUUCUAAAUUUGUCGUUUUAGAACUGUUUAUUGCUUUUAUAUUCUAGUAUCAAAGAACAUGAAAAUCUUAAAAAGAGAUUUUAUGAAUACAUAACCGAUACUGUAUGCAGUCGAACUUGAUUACAAGCUUUCUUAAUGCUAAAAUAUGAAUCUGAAACAAAUCAGUUUUAACAGAUUAAUUAGAAGAAUAUAUAUAUAGUAUUUAUCAUUUGCACCUGAAGUUUACCUAACCAUGUGACAUUACGCUAUUAACUCCAUUCCCCCCUUUUUUUUGCUUGGGUCAUUUUAAAAACAAAGCUUUUAAUAGUAAAUUAUUUUUAAUAUCUUAUUUAUAUUUAUAGCAAGAAAUAUAUGUAUGUAGUGAGCCUACAGCCUAUGUAAAAUUAAAAAAAUAAAUAACUACAUAAUUUUUUUUAGAAUUUAAUAUUAAGGGGUUAAAAUAUUAGUAUUUAAUUACCAUUAUUAUGAACUUCCCCCCCUCAAAGAUACUAUAAUCAAGUUCGACUGUUGGUUGAAUGCAAACUUUUAUGUAAGUAUCUAUAUUUUGCUGGAGUUCUGAAAAAUAAAAUAUUUAUUAUAAAGUAUAUCAAAGAUAUACUUGUUAAAUUGUUAGAAUGUUAUGAAAUAUAUUUGUGCAUAAUAAAUGAAUUUUAUUCUGCAUUUCAUACAAGUUGAUCUCUAAUUUUUGUUGUUGGUCAGUAUUAUAGAAAUAAGUAAUGAAAAUGUUUAUUUAUUUGAGAUUUGCAAAGUAUAGUCACAGUCAUUUAAAUAUUUGUGUUGCAAGACAAUUUUAUCUUUAUAUUUUAUUACAAAUGUUUCUAGUCUUUUGUUCAUUUUUAUCAUCAUUUCAUUUAUUUAUUAUAUUAAUGAAGAGUUUCAUCCUUUGUUUUGCAUUUGAAAAUAUCUGUUUACUCUUUUAAGUUCUGAUAAACUUAAACAGCCAAAUAUAAAAUAAAUAAACAAAAAAUUUCUGUACUUUAAAAAAAAAUAUAUAAAGAGAUUUUGCUCAGUACCAUGUACUUAUUGCCUAUAAAAUGCACAUUUUUAUACUUACAAUGCUUAGAGAGGAAAAGAAAAACAAUCUAGUAAUUUUUAAGAUAAAAUUUUACAGUAUAUUUGGUACUAUUAUAAUUUUUAAUGUUAUAUUAUUUUUAAAGCACUUUGUAAACUGCACAUUAGUUUACAAAUUCAGAAACUGUCUUUUGUUGAAUAAAUGAUGUAUUACUCACAUACUAUGUCUUUCUGAAA